CUUUACUCAUUCCCUUGUCUGCAUGAGAAUGGAAAACUUUGAAGCCGCAAGAAAGGAAACCUUCCCUUCAGCUGUUCCUCAUCAACUUCAAAAACCAGCAGAAAAAGAAUUCAUACAAGAAGAUGAUGGAUCUAUUAAGGGCCCUGAUGACUUUUCAUGGCUCCCUCCAGGUUUCAGGUUUCACCCCACUGAUGAAGAGAUCAUCUUGCACUACCUUACCCAGAAGGUCCUUCACAAUGGUUUUGUUGCAGAAGCCAUAGGUGAAGCUGAUCUUAAUAAGUGGGAACCCUGGGAUUUACCUAAGAUAGCAAAAUGGGGAGAGAGGCAAUGGUGGUUCUUCUCCAGAAGAGACAGGAAGUACCCGAUGGGAACGAGGACGAACAGGGCGACGGGUGCGGGUUACUGGAAGGCCACCGGGAAAGAUACAGAGAUCUUCAUGGGAAGGGGUAAUAAGCGCCUGGUUGGAAUGAAAAAGACCCUAGUUUUUUACAGAGGUAGAGUUCCUAAUGCAGUGAAAACUAACUGGAUCAUGCGUGAGUAUAGACUUGAAGGCCCCCCAAAAUCAUCAUCAAAUAGGGAGGAUUGGGUGGUGUGCAAAGUAUUCUACAAGAGCAUUGCAGGAGUUGGAGCAGGAGGACUCCAUAUGGAAAACAAUGAUCAGACUGAUUAUUCAUUCGUGGACAGCUUAAUCACGAUUCCAACAUCACCACCACCACCGCUUGAAGCUCCGGCGACGGACUACUUCCAUGUUCCGGCAAGAGGUAGUGAUGGCUCAUCCUCUUCAUCAACUCAUUUACUUCCUAAUAUCGGCAGUUCCAACCAAGACCACUUCAAAUCUAACCAACAUAUGAUAGUGCCAUCAUAUGACUACGUACUUAAGUGGUAGCCAGGGUCAUGCCUUGGGACGACAAUCCAAUUUUCGUCCCGAGACAGAUUACACUUUCCUUCCUUUAAACAAUAACCCCACGAGUCACGACAACCCAAACAAUCCCGCGUUCGCGCACUCGAAGCCGCCACCUCAGGUGGCAGCACGUCCAAUGUUGCGAGUGGAAGGAUUUUCGGUCAACAAAGUCAUCAAUACUUCCUCUCAGGAGACAAUGGAGUUAAGCCCCAAGGUGGCUGCCACUACGGAAACAACCUCGGGGUCAUCGGAGUCGAACCAGACCACCGAGGUUCAGAGCAGCCAGCUGGCGACAUUUGAGCCCGACCUCCAUGGGGAUCUAGCUUAUUAUCAUGGUGGUGAUGGCAACAUGGAUGUUGAAGGUAUUGAUCAUUACGUACUCCAUUUGGGACUACUAGUUGAUCCAUCAUCAAAAGAAACAGGAAGAAUUGAAGGAGAGCAAAUAUAUACGUACUAAUCUUUGAACACAAAUAAGUCUAUGGUAACUUACAUUAUCUUAAUUCAGAUGUAUUGUGUAUUAUACGUGAUUUCAUCCAUAUGUGUAAGCAUUAGGCAUAUAUACCAGCUAGCACGUUAUGCUUGAUUAAUUAAUAACGUUACAUGUAUAGGAUUGCACGAAAUACUUCGUAUUAGUUAUUUAAUUUGUUCAUUUCCUUUGUUUGUAUCUUGCCGACAUACAUGUAUAAUACAUUUGUAUAAUUAAAUUAAAGAAUCCUUGUUAUUUUAUACUCC